AUGGCUAUCAACCUUGCCUCACCAAGAACUUCAGCAAUUUCUCUUCUUUGCUCUUCCAUCCUUCUUCUCCUCAUCUCAUCAGGCUCCUCCACGAGCCUCGGCAAUGUUCUAAAAAAUGGUUAUGAACUUGGUGCUGGAGGCUUAUUAUCAAUCGGCAACUACAAAUUUAUAAUGCAAAGAGAUUGCAAUCUAGUGUUAUAUGAAAAUAAUACCGUUCUUUGGGAGACAAAGACCCAAGGAAAGGGAACCUUAUGUAGGCUGUCUUUGCAAAGCAAUGGCGAGCUCUUCGUCUUCUCAGAAUCAAGAAAAGCUUUGUGGAGAAGCGAGACAGGAGGGGAAUUCGGCAAUUAUGCACUUGUGCUCCAGCCAAAUGGUAAUGUUGUGGUUUAUGGAAGCCCAGUGUGGUCUACUGGGACAUAUAUUCAAAGUACUGCCAGGCCAAUCAGAAGCACUAAUCAUCACCUCUGCCGCCCAUCUAUUAUGGCAACCAGCAUUCGCUCAGCAGCAGCACCCUCAAUUCUUCUCUGCAUCGCCGUCCAAAUCCUCCUCUUUGCUUCAAAUUCCUCAGCCACCGGAAAUAUGCUCAUGCCCGGAGAGACUCUCCUCGCCGGGAACUGCCUCUCAAUCGGCAACUACCACUUGACCAUGCAACACAAUUGUAACCUGGAGUUGUACCAUGGCAAGAAACUUACCUGGGAGUCGCACACCACCGGCAUGGGAACGAAAUGUUUCUUAUACCUGCAAGUCAAUGGCGAGCUCGCCAUAGUAUCCGAAGGGACCUCCUCCCCCUUCGUAUGGAUGACUGGAACGGGAGGAGGCUCGCAUAGGUUCGUCCUUGUGCUUCAGCCUGAUGGCAACGCGGUGGUGUAUGGCACUCCAGUUUGGUCUACUGGCACGACGCGUGCUGUUCAUGGCAAUGCGGCAUCGAAUAGGACCGCGAAAUCUAUUCCUUUUGAGAGUACUGGAAACUAA